UUGAAGUAACACUCAAAUGGCAGAUCAAUUAACAGAAGAACAAAUUUCAGAAUUCAAGGAGGCUUUCUCCUUGUUCGAUAAAGACGGCGAUGGUACUAUCACCACAAAAGAACUUGGUACUGUUAUGAGAUCCCUCGGUCAAAACCCUACAGAGGCUGAGUUGCAGGAUAUGAUCAAUGAAGUCGACGCAGACGGUAACGGCACUAUCGACUUCCCAGAAUUCCUCACAAUGAUGGCUAGAAAGAUGAAAGACACUGAUAGUGAAGAAGAAAUCAAGGAAGCUUUCAAAGUCUUCGAUAAAGAUGGAAACGGUUUCAUUAGCGCAGCUGAAUUGAGACACGUCAUGACAAACCUCGGUGAGAAGCUCAGCGAAUCUGAAGUUGAUGAAAUGAUUAGAGAAGCUGACGUUGAUGGUGACGGUCAAAUCAACUACACAGAAUUCGUUAACAUGAUGAUGGGAAAGUGAGCAAUUAGUUAGUUUAUACCACCAAUUAUUGUCUUUGUUUAUCGUUUAUGGAAAUUCGAUUAGAUUGUUUACAAAUUCUCAAUUUACUUUGUUUGCUUCACUGAUGAAUCUUAAAUUGCG